CUCUCUCUCUGGCACGCAUGUCCACGAACUUAUCACAGAACGCAAAAAAGAACAACGCUCAUGCCAGCUUCAACAUGAGGACUGUAGGCGAGAUGGAGGACAAGAUACAGAUUAAAGAAAAGUGACAGGAGAAAACGGAGCGUGAGGUUGUUUAUGUGUCUGGAAACUAGACAGGCGAUUUGUUAAGAAGCGAGGGAGGAACAGGGGAAGGGAUGAGGGGGGAGGAGAGACGCAAUUUAGGGCAACCUGCUUUGUAGCAGCAGAGGACUAAACCAACUGUGAAUCUAAAGGUUGCUGCUGUUGCCAUGGCAAGGCCUGGGCGCCCUGCAUCUGAGAGCUACCAGUCGGUCCGUUGUUCAGUCAGUCAGUCGAUCUCUUACUCCAGCGAAGCCGGGAUUGUGGAGGAUGAGGUGGAUCGGGCGCCAAUAUUCUCCAUGUCCAAGAGCUCUGUGGACGUGGCCGUGGCGACGGGCCCGCUGCACAAGCGGGACCCGGCUUGGGCAGAACUGGAUUUGAGGCGCAGCUCCAGCACCAACACGCACUCUAAGCAGAACUCGGGAACGCUGCAGCAGCUGCGCACUCAAAAGUGGGAGUACAUCAAUCCCACCAACCACCUCACGAGCCAGAACGUGGACAUGCACAGCCCUCCCGCGCUAACAGAGCGCUGGAUUUCCAACAUGCAGCGCUGGAGUGGGUGUAGCGGCAGCAUUCACAGCCGCAGCAGUACUCCAGACACAGUGGUCUCCAGAGGAGGGUCCUCACACCCUAGCAGCCUAUUCCAAGAAGCCUCUUCUAAUGUUGCACUUGACUCUCCAAUGUCCAAAUUAGCCUCUCCACCAACCACACCCUCCCCAUUCAUCUCCCCUCUCCAGACACCAACCAAACCACCUGUUGGAGUCUUGCCUUCUUCUUCUUCUUCUUCUUCUUCUUCCUCUUCAGUGCUAAGUGUACAUCACUUGCAAGAUUCGUCUCCUACACCCUCACCCCUCCAGACUUCGACCGUGGCUCAUUCUGGGUCCACCUCUCCUGACCUCCAGCUCUCUAGCACAGAGAAAGAAGGCGUCCUAGAAAACAAUUUACUUAUAUUCCAGUUCCCAUCGCCAGUCCCAUCCUCGGUUAACUUAGCAGAAGCAAACACGUCUCCAGGUCCUGGAUACCAUGUUGAUGACUUGAUAGAAGGGUCACCCAGCCCUGGAGUUGGGCAGUUAUUGGACGACGAAGAAGUUGUGAAAAGUCCAGGUGAAAUGGUUACCCACUUGACACCUUGUUCUCCAGGAGAAGGACAAGAAUCCAGAGGAGGACCCUCAGUCUGCAAUCUUGAGCUGCCACAGCAAAGUGGUCCAGUCGGUCGAAGCAGGAAAUCGCCACUUGCUUUUUCUUUAAGUGAUUCAGAGUUGGGUAACAGCUGCAGGUGCAACAUAAACAUCAGGGUGGGCUUUGCAAAGGCUCCAAAUGAAGCAAUGGCACCACAGCGGGAAACGGUAGAAGCAGCUGUGCAGACGAUGUCUCCUGCUGGCUCCUGGUGGAACCUCAAGAAGGACCUGUCCAUCUCCAACACCGGUUCCCACUCUAUCUUAGGCUCGCCUCCUGGAUCCAGACUGAACCUGAGGUCUUCGGUUGGGUCUCACUCCAAUCUGGUUUCGCCAUCUUGCAGCAUGUUCCCUGUGAGCAUUGAAGAAGAGGAGGACAAAGGAGCAGACGACCCGGCUCAGGACAUCAUCUCUGCUUCUUCGCACGAUAUGGAGAGAAGGAGGUCAUGUCUGAAGACCCAGGCGGAAGAAAAGGAUGAGCUGGGGGAGAGGAGAAGCAGCAUGAAGCAGGUGCAGUGGGACGAGAAUGGGAUGACGUGGGACAUUCAUGGAGCGCCCGUGGACCCCAAGGAGCUGAGCACAGCCAUUAAAAAACACCUGGCUCUCCAGAAGAGCCCUAAACCGCUGAGACAAUCCUCCAAGAAGAAGAGGGCACCGAAGCCUCCCCUCAUAUCCAAGAUGGUGACGGCCAUCGCUGCCGAAAUUAGUCCAUCUGUGAUGAAUCCUGCAUCAACGAGUUCGAUGGAGGGCGAGAAGGAGGGGACGCCAGAAGCAGCUGGAGAGAGAGGAAGGGAGCAAGAUGGAGGAGCCAAAAAUGAAGAAAACCUAGAAACUCCUAGUAGAAGAAGCAAGGUAGAAAGAGAAAAGGGGAAAAUAGAGGAAGUCUGCGGAGAGGACGGCAAUCCUAAGUCACCCUCACGUCAGAGUGGACAAAUCCGGAAGAAGAGUGUGAUCCGGUCACUGAGGAGACCUCGAUGGUGUGGAGGCUCCAGAAAGGUUGACGACUGAUGCUGUCAUCAGUUUGCACGCUAAUAAUGAUUUUGGUGGACUCUCUGUCAGCACAUCUUCUGUCAUUUUGUACAAUUUUGCAGAUGAAUGUUAGAAAAUGUUUUUUCGAUUAGGAUUCACUGUUUAUUGACAGGUAGACGCAUUAGACGUCACCAGUGAAUUAGUACGACAACAGCAAGAAGGUAAUACAGUGUUAACAUACAGUGGAUGUUCAAUAAAACCCUUCUGUCUG